AUGGCGGACUCUUCCGAAAUACAGUCCAAACCGGAUGCAGAAAUACAACAAAGCAAACGCGACCAACAAGAUUCGUCCUUUUUAGAAACUCUCGUGCCGAUUCCCGACUUCUUCUUUAACAUCAAAGCGGAGAUCGAACCCAUCGGCGGGUCGAAAUGGCGCAUUCGUAUAUUUGGAUACAUCUUGUAUUUCAUCACUUUAUGCGUGAUGUUUGGAUCUUUCGCGUACUAUUCGCUUCCCGCGCAGCGCGUGAGCUUGGAAUCUAUUGUCACCUCGGAAUGGCAAAAGCCCGGCUUUGUGUGCAAGCCCCUCCAGAAGACCGCUUUGCACGGUCUGAGCACGGACUGGAGUUUCGAUGAAUGUGUAAGUGCUACAUCGAGUCCGAGCGCGGAAAGUAUCGUAUCGGUGCAGAAAAACGAUGGCUCCACCCAGUUCGACUUUCGUUUCGCUGCGAAAGACGGGUCAACUGGAACCUUGAGUUUCUACGACAUUUGGAACGCGAAGAGUGUUGAGACGACCACCUGGGAGAAGGAAGGUUUUGAGUGCAGACCACUUCAGAAGACCGCUUUGCACGGUCUGAGCACGGACUGGAGUUUCGAUGAGUGCGUAAAGAACGUAAAUGUGCCUGAUGCGACGAGCGUCAAGUCGGUGACCAAACACGCCAAUUAUGUCCAUUACGACUAUAACUUUGCGAGCGACGGCGACUCGAACAAAGGCGUCAUCAGCUUUUACGACGACAGAUACGCAUCCUCUGUUUUGCAGAAAACCAACCAGGCGGCUAAUGACUGGAAACGGGAUGGAUACUCGUGCUAUCCGGAACCGCCGUACGACAAUACUUUUAACGUGCGCUACAACAGCAGUGAAUGUGCUGCGGCGGUGCUCCCACCAUCAGAACUCACUGUUGUGAGCAAGAAAUAUUUUCCUUUUGGGACCAGCGCUCCAUAUCCAUGUGUAUCUGCAACCACGCCCACUGUCUACUCAAGAUUAAGUAUCCAACAUCGGAAACCAUGCUCUGGGUACAUUGGGUACACUGGAAACGUCCUGCCAGGUGGAAGCGGUUUUGGCUGCGUUAACUCUGGCGCUGAAAACUAUAUUUUCGUCGGAACUCUUGAUGGCAUGUGUAAUACUUACUAUGCCUCCGGCACAGCAAUUCUUAAAACCGAUGCUAUUCAAGCCUGGAAUGAGAUUCUCGCCACUACCGCAGACGGCGAUGGCGAAUUCAGCAAUGAUUUCAUCUGCGGUGAGCUUAAACUCAACGGCAACGGUUUCCGCUGCUUCGACAAGCCCAAGCCCCCGACCACCAAGGAGCUCGCGAUUCAACGCUACGCCUCGGAGUACCCGCCCGAGACCAUUUGCGGACCAAUCAAGCAGAACGGUCCAUUCCGCUGCAAACCAAAGGAGAAGCCCCCGACCACCAAGGAGAUCGCCAUCGAGCGGUACGCCUCGGAGUACCCGCCCGCGACCAUCUGCGAGCCGCUCAAGCUGAACAGCCCUUUCCAGUGCGCCCGCAACGUGGAGGUGCCCGCGACGACGCGGUUGAGCCUUUCGGUCGCCGCGGCGCAGGCUGUGUUUGCGCUCACAGGCAUCGCGCUUGUAGGGCUGCUGAGAAAACUCCAGAAGCCGUCAACAACGUCCUCGGAGACCUUGUCGACUGAUGGCGACCUGCGUUCUAUGAUGCGAAAGCUUCGAAAUGAGUUUCACUCGACGUUUGAUCAGCUUCGCACCGGCCAAGACCAGCUCCGCACCGGCCAGGACCAGCUACGCGUCGGCCAGGAUCAGCUCCGCGCCGGUCAAGGCACUCACGAGGAGCUCAUUCAAAAGCUCCUGAGCAAAGAAGGAGGUCGUUAG